AUGUCUCAACCUCUUUUCAGCAAGGGAAGCUCCACCGUCAAGUUCCCGGUCAAGUCCAUUAAAUAUCAUGGCUCGAACGAAGACACUACGAUGGCCAAAGAGAUUGCAACUGAUCCCGCAAUCAGUCUGAUGCUGUCCUCGGCAUUCAUCAAGCUCCGGCAGGGUACCUCCAUCGACCAGGGCCGCAGUCGCUCAUUCUGGAACAUCACAUUCCAUGUGAACGAAGUUACCAUUGUGUCACUUGAGACGAAGGAGAACGAGCUGGUGUACACCUUCAAGUCCAACCUCGGUCUGGUGGGCGAAGCCGACACUGAAAAGGCAGGCAAUCUACCACAGGCAUCUACAUACCCACUGGCAGCAGCGCCCUUGCUGAAUAAGGUUGUUGUGAUCGCCCUGGGUUUGCCCAGUGCCAAGCUAUGGGCAAAGCAAUCUGAGUUGGUCUGCCAGGCCCUUCGCGGCGACAGAUUCACGCUUUCCCAAGCGGAGACUGCCUAUAUAACUCUCAAUCGCGAUGCUAUCAACACCGAGGCUGAGGAAGAGCAUAAGUGCCUCGGUGAAGAACGUCCGUUUCGCCUGUACAGAGGGUGCACUCUAGUACUCCGUGGCGAGGAAUGGUUUAACCAAGAAAAGGCCAAGGACUAUCAUAUUCCUGGCGAGAAGGGCGUCCCGGAGGACUGGGUGGCAUCAGUGACCGAGACCUCCCCUAAGUGGACAGGCUUGAUUGAUGCCCCAGUCCAUGCCGUCCUCCUCAAUCAAGUGGAUAUCAAGUUCAUCGGUCAAGUCGAGGAGGACGAUGUUAAGGUCCAUCAGGUGGCCAACCCGAUAGUGCAGAUGCAGAUGCUGAGCGCCACCAGAAAGCUCUCUGAACACUGGGGGGAGGAAAGCUUCGACGCCAUGUGUCGUGAGUUCGAGAACCAAGAGGCGACAAUCCCCAGCGAGAGCAACAAGAGGCUUCCGCUGAAGUCCAUGUUCCUUGCUUCGACCCCCCGGAUCAAUACCCACGACCCAUGGGACACCUCGCUCACUGAUCUCAACUCCCUGGUGCCAGAGAGCUGGGGUCUGAAUGAGGCAGAGACAGAAGCAGCUACUCAGCUGCUGACGCAUUCCUUCUCCCUGGUGGUUGGGCCUCCAGGCACUGGUAAAACAAGUACAAUUGCCGCAGCAGCUAUGCUCGUCACCCAGAUCCUCGCCCGUGGGUCGGUCGGACAUGCCAAACUGGCCGUCCUAGUCCCGACCCACGCAGCAGGAGCCGCUGUGAUGAACCAAUUGUGCACUGCAUUCGACCACGAGAAGUACCGCAUGGACAUGCUUGUACGCCUGCGUGGCAGAGCAGACUCCGAGGCCCGGCUUUUUGCCGCCGUCACUGAGCCCAGCGACGAUGUUGAGCGAAUGAUUGCUUGUGCAAAGAAGGCGCCUGGCAAAUACCGCGAGUUCCUUGCUGGCAUUCAGGAUAUUAAAGCCUCGGGCCGGGUGAAGAGGAAGUUUAAGGAGUUCAACCACCAGCGCCAGGAACUCAUCAGGAACAUCAUGAAAGAUGUUCAGAUCGUGGUAACCUUGCCGCUGAACGUGCGGGAGAUGGUUCGGCGCGAGUUCAACCCCGAAUUCGUCAUCUUCGAUGAGGCGAGCUUUUUCCGAGACCCUGAAAUUUUUUACAUCCUGGGUCAAUUGAAGAUUGAUGCCCGCGUACUCUUUGUCGGGGACCACAGGCAAUUGUCGCCCCCUGUCUUUACUCGCCAGGGUGAGAUGGCAUGGGCGAUAUCCGCCUUCGAACGUCUGAUCAACAAAAAGUAUCAUCAGACGUUGCUGAACGUGUCGUACAGGUCCCACACGAUCCUGUACCAACCGACCUCGGUCGCCUACUACGACGGCCAGGUUCAAGCCUUGUACGCUGCGCCCCGUGUCAACGUCGGGAUCAACCCGCAAAACCCCUUGGUUGCCCGACAGGGCAACAGGACCUGGACUCUGCCAGGCUUGUCGCACUUCCUUCACCUGGCACACGUUGAAGGUGAUACGAACAAGGAUCCCUCGGGAUCCUUAUUCCACCCCAUGGAAGCCGAAGUUGGGAUCGCCCUGGCCCGAAGCCUCGUCGAUAGAGGUUGUCAGGAAAUUCUAAUUAUGUCCCCAUACCGGGCUCAAGUGGCCCUGGUAAAGAAGCUUUGGGAGCAGAGGCAUCCCGAUGCUGCGCCCUGCCCCAGGGUCCAAACUGUUGACGCUUCCCAAGGGUCGGAGGCGCAGGUCGUGAUUGUCCUAAUCACGCGCAAUUCGGGCUCGGCCGGCUUCCUCCAGUCCGUGAAGCGGACGAACGUCAUGUUGUCAAGGGCACGCACCGUCCAGUACGUGGUCGGCAACUGGGACUGGGUAGGCGGGCGCAGCUUUACAAUGGAUGCCGGCAAAUUCUACCGGUACCUCGACGAGGCCGGUCGCUCUCUGGGCAAGCGGGCCAAAUAUUUUACUGUGAGCCCAAAAGUGGGGCAGUAA